AUGUGCCACACCAGUUGUUCCUCAGGCUGCCAGCCAGCCUGCUAUGUGUCCAGCCCCUGCCAGCCAGCCUGUGUGCCUUUGAGCUGCAGGCCUGGCAUAUGCGUUCCUGUAAGAUGCCAGGUGACCUGCUGUGUGCCCGUGAGCUGCAGGCCCACUGUGUGCAUGGCCCCCUCGUGCCAGUCCUCUGUGUGUGUGCCUGUGAGCUGCCGGCCUGUCUGUGUGACCUCCUCCUGCCAGUCAUCUGGGUGCUGCCAGCCCUCCUGCCCCACCCUGGUCUGCAGGCCUGUCACCUGUAGCACCCCCUCCUGCUGCUGA